CCGCUGCAUUCGCAGCGCCACCUGGCAUCGCCCUCUGCCGCCCGCCGCCGGUAUCGCAGCAAUGGCGUCCCCCACGGCCCACGCCUGAGCCCGACCGCUGAUCGCCGCUGCCGUGGAGUCUGGAUAAGACCUGUCAAGGGAGCUUCUUAGCUGGUUUGGGACUACCUAGUGAUAGUGAUCUUCAACUGCAGUUUUGGAGGAGUGGCACCAAAAAGCCAGUUGUUAUGCUGAGUGCUUUACAGGACAAGUAACAUUCCCUGCUUCCUCAGCUGCCUGAAAAUCAAGCCAUAGAUAUUGAGCUUCAGUUUGAAUAGGGUUUUUCAGCUGUAGUCAGUGGGGUUUGGCAGGAAGCCAACUACAACCGGCUACAUACCGUAAAGAGGACCUUGGGCACACCUCAGCCCUCCACACUUCUGCCUCACCAGGACCAGCAACAGAUGACAUCUGCAGGCAGGGACAGCACAUCAGGGGCAGCAGUGCUUAAUGGGAUCACCAUUUCUCAGCAGCCAAACUCCCUCACCAAAUGUCACUGUCUUGGCACGACAGUGGUGGUGAUGAGAUUCUGUGGAGGAAAAAUGCCAGCUUCUCUGAAAAAACUGCAGCAAAUGGCUGUUUUCAUGGGACUGUUCAGUGGCGGGGGAUGCAUCGUGAUGUAUAAUCUUAUGCAAAAAAGUUUUGCCAGGACCCAGUAUUACCAGCAAGCUUUGGAGCAACUGAACAGCAAUCCUGAUGCCCUGGAAGCCCUGGGUGCCCCCCCUCUUAAGGUUCACAACAUCCGACUGACAGAUGGGAGUAAUCGCGUAGACACAGAAAGAGCACAGAUAAAGCUACCAGUGUCUGGAACAAAAUCAGCGGGAUACCUCUACAUUAACUCGGAGAUGGACCACUCCCGUCAGCGCUGGUGCCUUCAGGAUGUCACCUUGAAACUACGGGAUGGUCAGAAUAUCCUUGUUUACCACUCCCCGGUGGAAAGCAUUGGUGUGCAAGAAGGCUAAAAAUCAGAGACAGCUGCUCUCCGCCUCCCAUUGAGCCAAAGGAGCCAUUAAUCGAUUGCAUCCUGCUGUGUCCAUGAAUGUACACAGUUGUCACAAGUGACAGUUUCACUUAAGUGGGUGCUCUCAAGACAAUUUUCUCUCUAAGAUUGACCUCAUCAUUGUUGUAAUUGUAAUUUCUUUCUUUUGCUAGUUUAUUCAUGUGUUCAACAGAAACCUAAAAUAAAUACCUUGCAAAAGACUUACUGUUCCAGAGAA